UAUCGAGUCGAAGAGGCUCCGAUGCUCAGCUUCUUGUAAAGUAAAAUUUAGUUUCAUUUUGUGUAUCGGAUGUGUUUGACGGGUUCUUUGCCAAAUUCGAAAAAAUUAUUUUGAAAUGCGAUGAUAAUAAAAUGUUGGUAUGAAACCGAAUCUAUUUGAUAAAAAGGAGGCUUGUUUCUGACAUCUAUAUACCCGUAUACUAUGGGUCUUAUUUAUGUUAGAUAAAGUUGUUUAGUAAAUAAUGAAUUAUUAUUUUUUUUUGGUUCUCUUUCGGUGCAUGUUUACGAUAAACAAUCAUUUUGUUUAACGAAUGUUACUAAUAUUUGCAAAUCAAUUUGAAGAAAAUGAGAGAGAAAAAUGUCGUUUUAUGUAAAUAAAUUAAAUUUUCUGUGAAUAAUGAAAGAAGGAAGAAAAUAAAAAAAAAAUAAAAAAAAAACAAAAUUUAAGUGGAUUGAUCGAUGUGAUGUUAUAUCAAUUUUCCGAUGCUAUUGUAAAUGUUGCGUGUCAAAUGGAUAAAAAAAAAAUUGAACAACAAAAUGCAAGAGGAAAUCGAUCUAUUAAUUGGAAAAAAAUGAAGUAAAAAAUGUUUAAGACAAUACGUUGAACAGACGGUGGUGAAUAUCCAAAUUUUCAUUGAAAACAAAACAACAAAAACUUGAACCAAACUAAAAUCGAUGCGUAACUGAAAAUGAAGUGAAAAAUGGACCGAAUAUUUGGUUCAUGGUGGCCUUUCAAUUGGGGCCGCCAAGAAACCCAAACCAAUUUCGUCUCACCAACAUCCAUUCCAUCAUCAUCAUCAACAACAACAGUUGCAUCAGAAACAACAACAAUUAGCCCAACCACGUCACUGUCAUCGUCGACAGCGGCGUCAACAUUUGCAACUCGGUCAGCUGCAACCAUAUCAAAUGCAUUUUACACGUUAUUCAAUACCACACUCGACAUAUUUAACGGUACGACAAUAGAUCCAUUCACCAAUGAUUCGUUGCUGGAGACGAACGAUUUCACGGAGGAUGAACUGUUUGGUAUGCUCUGGACGAAUGGAACGGAUUUUGAUUUGGAAUUUAAGAGGAAUUCAACAAAUGCCACAAGUGGCACCAGCGAUAUUAAAAUCGAAACAACAUGGCAGCUAUUUUCAAUGAUUGCAACUGCUGUGAUUCUAGCGUUUAUUAUACUGGCUACUGUUAUUGGUAAUGUGUUUGUUAUAGCCGCAAUAUUGCUGGAACGAAAUCUGCAAAGUGUAGCCAACUAUUUGAUACUGUCAUUGGCAGUGGCAGACUUGCUGGUCGCUUGUCUUGUGAUGCCCCUGAGUGCGGUUUACGAAGUUUCGCAAGAAUGGAAACUUGGACCGGAAUUAUGUGAUAUGUGGACAUCGAGUGAUGUAUUGUGUUGUACGUCAUCAAUAUUGCAUCUGGUGGCCAUAGCAAUUGACAGGUACUGGGCGGUUACAAAUAUUGAUUAUGUCCAUCACAGAACGGCCGGUCGUAUUGGAAUCAUGAUAUUAGUUGUCUGGUCAUUAUCACUAUUGGUGUCGAUCGCUCCACUGUUGGGAUGGAAAGAUCCCAAAUGGUACGACCGGGUCAAUCUACAAUACGAAUGUAUGGUUUCGCAAGACAUCACUUAUCAAAUAUUCGCAACGGCAUCCAGCUUCUAUGUACCGUUGUUUGUCAUUUUAGUUUUAUAUUGGCGAAUAUUCCAAACAGCUCGGAAACGAAUUCGUCGGAGACAGCAGGGUAAAUCGAUAGUUCAAUUAAUGCCGAAAGCUUUUGCUACUCAGACUUACCCUGAACCUUUGAUGGCAAAUACUUCAUGUAUGGCACUAACAACAAUUGGUUUCCGCUGGAAGGUAUCGUCAUCCCAAGCUGCCCAGCAAGGUUUAAUCGCAUCGGCAGCCGGCGGAUCCGGUGGCAUUGCUGCUUGCGUGGUAACCGUUAUCGGCCGACCAUUGCCGACAAUUAGCGAAACGACAACGGCAUUCACGAACAUAUCGUCGGCGAACACAUCACCGGAAAAGUGUAGUUACAACGGUGUCGAUCGCAUCGAGGCGGACGCAAUAACCACGGAUAAUGCAUCAAUGCCAUAUCCUGCGCCCGUAAUGAAAUCGACUAUACGAAAGAAAGCACAAAAUUCGGCCGAUUCAAAGCGUGAACGAAAAGCGGCCAAAACUUUGGCCAUCAUUACCGGUGCAUUUGUAUGUUGUUGGUUACCGUUUUUUAUUAGUGCAAUUUUAUUACCGUCAUGUCCUUCAUUCACAAUAUCGCCGGUGUUGAUGAGUUUAUUUUUAUGGUUAGGAUAUUUCAAUUCGACCCUGAAUCCAAUUAUUUAUACGAUUUUUAGUCCGGAAUUUCGGCACGCUUUUAAACGAAUUUUGUGCGGUCGAAAGAACAAUAUCCGAAGACGGACGGGAGUGAUGCGUCGAUAGUUGUGUUACAGGUAAACUUACAUUUAGAACAUUUAUUUUCAGAGAAUUCUUUUCUUUUUAAUUUUUAAUUUUAAACAUAACUUUACGAAGAAGAGUCAUAUUCAACAUAAACAUUCCGAAAUAACAUGUUUGUUCCGUGACAGUUUACAUUUUUAGUUUCCGUUCGGAAAAACAUUUUUAAAAGGACAAAAUAUAUAUUGCAGAGCAGCACAUACUAGCUGAGCUUGUAUCGGGAAAAAAGAAUUUUAUAUUUUAUACAUCGGAAUUGGAUGGCAAUAUAUUUUAUCGUUUUGUCACUCUGAAAGGAUUUUAAUUCAAGGAUGAAAUGGGAAUGAAGCCAAUACUUCAUUCGAAAAUUGUUUCAGCUUAAAUUGCUAAGAAAAAGAUGCGAGUUCGUAAUUCAACGAUGGCCUAAUUUGAACGGAAAAAGUCAUGGCGAAAGAAGUUUCUUUUACCGAUUCAACUGUAGUGUAAUAUGAAAGGGGGAAAAAUUAAGAUGAUCCGAUGAAAGAGAACUCGUUAAGUAUUUUUCUAAAGGCUUGUUCAAAUCCGCUUUCGACAACAUUCAUUUUUUUUUUCUCACAUAAAAAAGAUGAUCGGAUUGUAAAUAAAUGGAAGCUUUUUUUUCGUAUUCGCUUUACCGAAUUGAAAUCUAUUUUAGCAGAACAUUUUGCAUUGCCAACAGCGUAAAAAGCUUUUAAUUCAUGCGAACAGUGCCAUCGUUUAAAUAACCACAGCCCCAAAAGGCUUCACAAAUAAAAAGAAAAAAAAUUGGAUGGAGUGGAUUACGAAAAUCACAAGCAUUUUUUGUGGACUGUAAGCCAGGACCUGUUUUUGGAAUUAAAUUCUUAAAAAUUAAAAAUUUGAUUUCAGGAAUUUUUAAGAAUUUGAAUAAAUAGGCUAAAAACACGGGGCAUAAAAGCGACUAAACUUAAGACAAGUUUUUACUUUUUGUGGGCUUUAUUUGUUCCAUUCGUUCUAUAUACUUUUCAUCCCACAGGAGUAGCGCUUUUGACCAAAUUCUUGUAUUCCACACUCUCUGUCUUUCUUUUGUUGACAACAUGUGGAACGAAAUAUAGCCCAUUUUUGGAAUUAAAUUAAAAAUCGUGAAGUAAAAUUUUGAAUUUUUAAGGAAUUUGAAGGAGUUUUAAGACAUUUUUAAUAAUUCCAAAAAUAGGCUAAGGGGACGUUCAUAAACUUAAACAAAAAUUUGGAUUUUUCUGACCUUCAAACUUAAAAAAGAAACACUGAGCAUAUAGGAGGCAUUGAAAUAAACUAAACCCAAAACAAGUUUUUACUUUUGGAUGGGUUUUGUUUGUUUCAUUCGUUCCACAUAUUUUUAGUGCCUAAGAGUAGAGAAAAUUCUUCCAUUCCACACAAAUGUGAGAGUGAAACGACUAUCUUUACGUUUGUUUGUUGACAUCAUGUGGAAUGAUGUGGAGUAAUAGCCUAUUUAGGAAUUAAAAUUUUGAAUUUUUAGAGAAUUUAAAAAAUAGGCUGAGUGGACGUUCAUAAAUUACGUUAAAAAAUAAUCUUUUCACUUCAAACUUGAAAAUCACCGAGGCAUUUAACUAAACUAAACUCAAGACAAGUUUUUCCUUUUUGUUGGCUUUAUUUGUUCCACUCGUUCCACAUAUUUUCCAGCCCCCUUUCCAAUUCUUCCAUUCCACGUAUAUGUUCAGUAAAACGACUAUCUUUCCGUGAUGACAACAUGCGGAACGGAAUCAGGAAUUAAAUUCUUAAGAAUAACUGAAGUAAAAUUUUGAAUUUUUUAGGAAUAAU